UGUAGUAUUUCGCUCAAUUGUUUGUUUUUAUUAAUUAAAUGCUGUUUAUCGCGUAAUCUGUGAUGACAUAAUAUCACCAAUGUGGUAGUAGUGAGUUUUGAUCGUGGGCGCUUUUUUGUUGUUACACGCGUAUUUGAGAUUCAAGGUGAUCUUUUGAACAUAUCGAACAAUGUUUAUUUUGAACAUAAACGGUUAUGUCUAAAUCGCUCUCAAAGUCUGUACAUUGGAAUUUAAUGUCUUCUUUAUCGCUCCCGUCCAUAAUGAAACAUAAGAUUCGUAUUAAUGAUAAUGCAAGUUCGAAUAACGAAUCAAAAAAUGGAAAAGAUCCUCCUCAGCAAAAUCAUGAAGAAACUAUGCAGGCAUCCACUCCGUCUGGACUAUCAGAAUUACAGUUGCAAAGUACAGAAGUCGGUGAAAUCACAGAAAUGCCAGAUUUUGAAAUGUUAAGCACAUCUGCAGUGCUUCACUAUUGUAAGCAUAAAAUAUUAAAGCCAUACUUGAGGCUGUUAGGCGUAAUGGGUUUGAAACCAAUGAGCAGCGAUGAUUCUGAACAUUGUUUUUGUUAUUGUAUUCUUAUGAAUCUUCAUACAUUACAAGUUAUAAUAUUUAUGUGCAUCGGAUAUAUUUUACAAUAUAUGGCAUGUUUCAGAAGAGACAGAGGGUUUUGCUAUAAAACAUUACCUUUAGAGCUUCAACUAGUACCGAACAUCAGUACAGAACUUUCACAGGAAAUUACUUGUUACGGAAAUAUUAUAUUCAGUUAUCUAGUUCCCAGUGUUUUACAUUUAAUAGCAUAUUUAUAUACAGUAUAUUUAUUCCGGAUUAAAGAGAAUGAACAAUUACAAAAUUUAAUGGAGAGAGCGUUCCUACUGUCCUCCAAUCCUGUGAAUCGUGGAAAUCAAAGAAAACUGGUACAAAUACUGUGGCUUUUCAUAGCACUGAGUGUAGUAUGGAUAAUCAUGGCAUUAAUCACGGUAAAUGUUCUGAUGGCACAAGGAAGUAUUGUAUUUCAAUGGCUGGAACACAGUCCGUAUCAAGUAAAAAUAACAUUGAAGGUAUUUUUAAUUGUAUGCACAUUAUGGCACGAUAUGGUUCAAGGAACGAUUAUCACCAGUUACUGUUUACAAGGGCAACUUUUAAUGGCACAUCUGUACUUUCUUCGUGGAAAAUUGCUCCAUCAUACUUUAUCUCCUAUCGAUUGGAUGCGGGAAAUUUGCGAAUUUAAGAAACUAUUGAAAUAUUUCAAUGAUGAAUUGGGGCCAGCUGUAUGCAUCUAUACAGUUGUGAAUGUAUCAUGGGCUGCAGCAGGCACAGUCUGGUUGCUUCGAUAUGACAAUAGUGACGCACACAACAAUCCUGUUACAUGGAUUGGAAUAGUAAAUGUCGUUUUAUGGAGUUUAAUAUCAAUAGCUCCUUUUAUUCAGGCAGCUCGUUUAAGUACCGCUUGUUCCAUGAUACAAAGUAUUGGACAUGAGGUACGAAUCCGACCAUUUGUAUAUCAAAGUACUCCGGGUGAGGAUCUCGAUACUAUACUUUUAUACACAUCAUCGCUAAAAAUGUGUGCUAGAUUGUUUAGAGUACCAAUCACAGGUAGAUACCUUUGUCUUUUCUUGACAGUAGGUAGCAUUUUAAUUCUCACAUUAGGACAAUGUCACUUUUUCUAAUUAGUUGUACCGUGUUGGUAACAUCUAAUUAUACGAAAUACCUCUUUUACUGUAUACUCUACAUUUUACGUAUAUACAUUGUUCAAACAGUAAUGAGUAAGUAAUAUAAUCCGCAUUUUUUGCUUUUUGUACAUUUCGAAAUUAGUUUAAAUCAAGUAUUGUAAGAUAAAUAAAUUAAAACUUAUAUUAUCAAGAAACGACAACAGUAAUAAACUUGAAUAUUUAUACAUAUCAUGUAUUUUUCAUGUUGCUAAUAAAAUUUGUGUCAGACGUUA